AAAUUAGUUGAAUUGAAAAGUUGAAAAGAGCAAAUUAAAUUAGUUUGAGCCGAGCUAAAUUGAAAUCGAAAUGUGCUGUGCAGUACUGUGAAGCUAUACGUGUAAUUCGCGGCACUCGUAUAAAAGUGGGUGGGAACGCGAACUCAUACUUUUAGUACUAGUACAUCACAUACACGCGCUAAGCUCAGCGAAAAGAUACUCCCAAUAAGCGAAAAAUCGAUUUCCUUUGCUGAUAACAGCGCUUACGCAUUUCUGGCACUCAAUUUAUCCGAAGCGCCAGAGAAUUUAGAUUAAAUUAUCGUCGACAAUUAAGGGCGCUGACUGAGGCAACAUGAAUUUAGAUUUUGCCAAGGUGUGCGGAAAGCACAAUGCCAUCUACGAAGCGUACUAUAAACAGAUUGACCCAAAAGGCACUGGUGCUAUUGAAGCCAUGACGGCGGCAAAGUUCUUAAAAAAGUCUGGACUUAGUGAUGUUGUGUUAAGUCGUAUCUGGGAUCUAUCUGAUCCCAAUGGCAAAGGAUUUCUCGAUAAGCCUGGGUUUUUUGUUGCACUCAAACUGGUCUCGCUAUCGCAGGCGGGUCAAGUCGCCAACAUGAACAACAUUUAUAUGGAGACAACAAGUCCACCGAAAGUGGGUGAAAUUCCAAAAACGGUGCCGUCUCGUAUACAAACUGUUCCGGUAUCAAGCGGCGGCUUGGUAAACGCCGAUUGGUCGAUAAGUGUCAUCGAUCGGUUAAAAUAUGAGCAGCUUUUCGAAUCGCUGGGUCCUCAAAAUGGCAUGCUGCCUGGCAAUAAGGUCAAGGGCGUACUUAUGGACUCGAAACUUCCAAUGAACAUUUUGGGAACCAUUUGGGAUUUGGCGGAUCAGGACAAGGAUGGAAACUUGGAUAAGCACGAGUUUAUUGUGGCCAUGCAUUUGGUUUAUCAGACAUUGCAAAAGCGCACUGUUCCGAGUGUUUUGCCACCAGAACUGCGCAAACCCUCAGCAGCCGGGCCGCCUCCGAAACCUGCCAUGCCCCCGGCUCCAGCUGCUGCUGCCAUGCCACGCGCUCCCAGUGGCGAAGGCUUCGGAGACAAUGGAUUCGUCGCAAACUUCCCCAAAGACAUUGCUCCACCGGCUGCCAUUCCACCGUUGCCUGUGGCUGUUCCACCGAUGACACGUAUUCCUCCAGUCGGAGCAGUGAGCACGCAGCCACUCAUACAAACUGAUCCGCUGAUACCGAUUGGCGUGCCUGUGGCAACUAAUGCCGACUGGGUGGUAACCCCAGCCGAAUUGCAGAGGUUUGAAGGUAUCUUUCGGCAGUCUGACUUAGACAAGGACGGCUUGGUCUCUGGUCUAGAGGUGAAGGACAUAUUCAUGAAAUCGGGUAUACCUCAGCGCAGCUUGGCUGAUAUUUGGGCUCUUUGCGACACCAAUCAAUCUGGUAAGUUGACAGUGGAGCAGUUCGCAUUGGCGAUGUGGCUGGUGGAGCGGAAACAAAGGGGUGUUGAUCCCCCUCAUGUGCUAACUGCUAACAUGGUGCCUCCGUCGAUGCGAGGCAUAGUCGCUGGAGUGGAUUUGCAACCUCAGGAGCCGAAGCCGACAUAUUCUAAUCCAGAGCUUGAGAUGAUUUCAAAAGAGAUUGAGGAUCUGGCGCGAGAACGUCGUGCACUGGAGACGGAAAUCGCCCAGAAGGAAGCCGACGUGCGCAUUAAGAACGGCGAAGUGCGCAGCUUGCAGAGCGAAUUGGACACAUUGACUGCAACACUAAAGCAAUUGGAGAACCAGCGCGGCGAGGCGCAAAAGCGAUUGGACGACCUGCAGGCUCAAGUUUUUCAAAAUACGGCCUUGGUGGCCAGUGUUAGUCUUAGUAUAUCCUGCACAAAUGAUCAGGUCAACAAGAUACGUGAUCAGUGCCAUAAGCAGGAGGAGACUAUCAACGAACAAGAGGGUGAACUAAACGCCAAACGCUCGGAGCUUCAAAAACUCAAGGAUGAAGAGACGGCUUUGCAAAAAGAAUACGAUGAUAACAACCGCGAGCUUUCAAAGCUAACAAAACAUCUACAGAACACGCAGUUGCAGAUUAGCUCGGUGCGAUCGAUGGUUACACAACUAAUGGAGACCCAGCGCCAAAUGACCGAUGCCUUGCUUAUUUGCCGCGCUGCGAUGGAGAAUCAAAAUGCUGAAUUAGUCUCCGAGUAUCAGCUGAAGAUCGAGCCAGACUUUGACGAUGCACGGAAGACGCUCGAAAAGGAAAUUGUAAUAACCAAAGACGAUCCAUUUGAGGAAAAUAACAGCGGCGCAGCCAAUAAGGCGAACACCACGACCAAUGGCUUCGAAAGUGAUCCUUUCGUUGCCCAAAACAAACCUACAAUAAAAAGCGGCUUCGAUGAUAGCUUCAAUAUGAGCUCAGGUUUCGAUAGCGGCUUCGAUGCAUUUGGCCAAGGCGGCGGCGGCGGCGUUGGAGGUGGCUUUGGACAAACGAGCCGUGAUCCAUUUGGUGCUGACGCAUUUGGAUCCAACAAAGGGCCAGCAAUUACACCUGAGCCGGGUAAGGACGAUUUUGGCAGUGAUCCGUUUGCCGCACUGCAUGCACCUACGGGUCAGGGUCAAGUGCUCAGUCCUAAUACACAGAAGUCGGGUCCACCACCAAGACCAGAGUCACCUAGUCCAGCAUUGCCGCCAAAGAAAUCGAAGGUGCCGCCUCCAAGACCAGCGCCUCCACGUCCGGCACAGCAAGCAAAUGCUUUCGGCUCCAGCAGUGGCGGCGGUUUCGCAGACUUUGAAGACUUUGACAAUAAGCUACAAGCCAUUCCAGCUACAAACACAAACCCUACACCAACGACAGCCACAUCGCUCUUUGAUAACAUCUCGUUGUUCGACGACGCUCAGACUAAAGCGCGUCUCACACCAACGGCCACAACACCAACCCCAAUCCACACUCUGCUUCCGACAUCAUCACAAGCAUUAUCAGCGGCACCGGCAUCUGCCACACACACAGCAACAGGAACAGCAUCAUCAGCAAUAAUCACAAAUAACCAACAUUUGUCGCGUUCCAAUACACCACUGGAAACUCAGGCGGUCACCCCGAACCCGGGAAUGAUCAACGGACCUACAGACUUCAAGGACGACCCGUUCAAGGACUACCGCUAUGAGGAUCCGUUUAACAUCAAAGAUCCAUUCGCGGAUGAUGAAGAGGACGAUGUUGCCACAGCGAAUGGUAACAAGAAAAGCUUUAAGGAGGAUUUCAGCUCAGAUGAUGAUCACAGCAACAACAACAACAACAGCAGCAGCUCCAAACCAAAGGCGUCGGCAACACUAAGCAAUGAAAUGGUGCAGCAGUUUAAUGCAUUUAAUUUGAACUCAAGUCCUGUGCCUUCCCAACAUUCAACGACUUCAAAUCCGAAGCAGACGCAGCCAACUGUGGAUGCUUUCGCCGACUUUGAUGAUUUCGUGCUGGACCAGAAGGGCACGACAACAGAACUAAAGGAUUCCUUUUUCGAUGCAUUUAACGAUAAUUUCAAUGCAAAUCCCAACACGGAAACUCAGGCAGAUACGAAUAAGACAUUAUCCAACGAACAAAUCAAGGCCAUCAAGGCGCAGGCUGCCGCCUUCGAUGCCUUUGCUGUGGCCAAGAGUGAAAGCAAAUUCGACUCAUUCAACGAUAACAAAUUCGAAGAUAGUUUUGGCAACAAAUCUUCAAAUCUUCAGACAACCUUGGAUGGUAGCUUUGCAAAAUUCGAUGAGUUUACUGGGCAUAAUUUUUCCAGUGACUUUGAGAGCGCAUUCAACGACAGCUCCUCUAAUAAUAAGAAGGCGAAUGGCAAUGGAAAUAAAAAAGACAAGGCUGGUAAACCAGCUGAUAAAUUUGCUGCGGACUAUUCGAAACCGGAGACUUUUGAUGCUGAUCUAGAGGAGGCGCUCAAACGCAGCAUGUUAGAAAAUUGAAUAAGAAGUGAUCGAACAAUCGACAGAUUUGUAAAUGUGAUGCAUAAACAAAAUCUCUAAUUAUCCAAUGGUGUUUACAAACUUUAUGAUUCUAAGUAUGAAGUAUAUUUUAAGUACUUUUUCGCUUAAUCUUUUCCAAAAUUGUUGCAAGUAUGUGAAUUGUUAUUGGACUAGACUUCAUAAAACAAAAAUGAAAAUGAGAAUCUUUUGGUUGUUAUUAUAUUCAUUUCAUUACGAUUCCAAAAAUGUGUUAUCCAACUUGAAAGGAACCCAAAAUGCUGGUAUUAUUUUCAUUAUUUCCCACAUACAUUGAAUAUUAUAUGUAUGUAUUUAUUUAGUAAGUAU